AAAGCGAUUGAUCAUGCUAGAGAAUUUUUUGCGAGAAUACAAUGUCAAUCGAAUGUUUUUGUCAAUGAUAGGCUUUUGGCCAUUUCAAAGUGUGCUCGCGAGAAAGUUGUUGCCGAUCUUCUGCUUCCUGCUCGAAAUAAGUUACUUUCCCUUUGAGAUAUUAAUAUUAUACGAUCAUUGGGAUAAUGUGCAAAUGAUUUUUGACGCCGGCUACCAAAUUGUCUUGACAAUCGCUUUUAUUGUAAGGAUACUGAGUGAAUUCUGGAAUCACGACAGGUUGCGACGGUUAUAUAAAGACAUCGACAAGCAUUGGGACAUAUUUACGAACGAUGUGGAAGUACAAGUUUUGAAAGAUUACUCUAUGCGGUCGCGAAAGUUUACAAUAUAUUAUUCGAUGCUAAUGUAUGUCAUGAUGUCGGGAUUUAUAGUGAUACCAUUAACACCGGCGUUCCUAGAUAUCAUACUGCCUUUAGUAAACCAGUCACGUCCGCGAUUCUUCGCGAUCGAAGUUGAAUUCAGGGUAAAUAAAGACGAGUAUUUCGUACCGAUUUUUUGUUACAUCACCGCUAUAAGCGUGGUGGGUAUUAGCAUCAUGGUGGGUGUCGAUACUAUGCAUAUUACGUGCACCGCUCAUGCUUGCAGUCUGUUCGCGGCAGUCAGUAAGCAAGUUGAACACAUAAUUUCAAAGGUGGGAAAUAAUAACAAUGAAAUCGGCGAAUGUGGAUGUCGUGUGUAUACGGGGCUUGAUUUGCCGAACGAGGAGAUUGUGUACAGGGAAUACAUCGUAUGUUUAAAGAAACAUCAGCUUGCUAUAGAAUUUGUUAAUAUAUUGAAUUCGACGAAUCAAUUUCUUUCGUUUUGCCUGUUAUUCUUAAUAACUGCAUGUUUAAGCCUAAUUGGAAUUCGAAUUGUGUAUGUGCUAGACCAAUUACAAGAAUUGCUAAGAUUCAUGUUUAUAAUUAUGGGAGCGUUGAUGCAGCUGAUGAUUGUGUGUUACUCCGGUCAGAAAUUAAUGGAUGAAAGUCAGAAUAUAUUUUAUCGGGCAUACGCGGCGGAAUGGUACAAUUUUUCGCCUAGGAUUAAAUCUCUUUUAAUCAUAUCUCUUCACAGAAGUAUCGUACCGUGUGGGUUAAUGGCAGGUAACAUGAUUCCCUUGUCGAUGACGACUUAUGCCGGGUCUUUCUCCGGGAAACUAAAGCGAUUGAUCAUGCUAAAGAAUUUUUCACGAGAAUACAAUGUCAAUCGGAUGUUUUUGUCAAUAAUAGGCUUUUGGCCAUUCCAAGGUGUGCUCGCAAAAAAGUUGUUGCCGAUCUUCUGCUUCCUGCUCGAAAUAAGUUACUUUCCCUUUGAGAUAUUAAUAUUAUACGAUCAUUGGGAUAAUGUGCAAAUGAUUUUUGACGCCGGCUACCAAAUUGUCUUGACAACCGCUUGUAUUGUAAGGAUACUGAGUGAAGUCUGCAAUCAAGACAAGUUGCGACGGUUAUAUAAAAACAUCGACAAGCAUUGGGACAUAUUUACGAACGAUGUGGAAGUACAAGUUUUGAAAGAUUACUCUAUGCUGUCGCGAAAGUUUACAAUAUAUUAUUCGAUGCUAUUGUAUGCCAUGAUGUCAGGAUUUAUAGCGAUACCAUUAACACCGGUGUUCCUAAAUAUCAUACAGCCUUUAGUAAACCAGUCACGUCCGCGAUCUUUCGCGGUCGAAGUUGAAUUCAGGGUAAAUAAAGACGAGUAUUUCGUACCGAUUUUUUGUUACAUCACCGUUUUAAUGGUGGUGGGUAUUAGCAUCAUGGUGGGUGUCGAUACUAUGCAUAUUACGUGCACCGCUCAUGCUUGCAGCCUGUUCUCGGCAGUCAGCAAGCAAGUUGAAAACAUAAUUUCGAAGGUGGGAAAUAACAAUGAAAUCGGCGAAUGUGGAGGUGGCGUGUAUACGGGGCUUGAUUUGCCGAGCGAGGAGAUUGUGUACAAGGAAUACAUCAUAUGUUUAAAGAAACAUCAGCUUGCUCUAGAAUUUGUUAAUAUAUUGAAUUCGUCGAAUCAAUAUCUUUCGUUGUGCUUGUUAUUCUUAAUAACUGCAAUUUUAAGCAUAAUUGGAAUUCGAAUCGUAUAUGUGCUAGACCAAUUACAAGAAUUGCUAAGAUAUAUGUUUAUAGUUAUGGGAGCGUUGAUCCAGCUGAUGAUUGUGUGUUACUCCGGUCAGAAAUUAAUGGAUGAAAGUCAGAAUAUAUUUUAUCGAGCAUACGCGGCGGAAUGGUACAAUUUUUCGCCUAGGAUUAAAUCUCUUUUAAUCAUAUCUCUUCACAGGAGUAUCGUACCGUGUGGGUUAAUGGCAGGUAACAUAAUUCCCUUGUCGAUGACGACUUACGCCGGGGUGGUGCGAAUGGGAAUGUCUUAUUUCACGGCGUUCUUAUCAUUCAAAGAUUGAUUAUCGG